AUGAGCCAAAAAGAAUCCCGCAAAUUAUCAACUGCCAUUGAUCAUGGUAUCAUACCGAGUAUUCUGCCGUCUGGUACAAAUGUAAUGUAAGCUUGGUGACAUUUGGAAUACGACGGUAAAAAGUUGAUCUGACAUAGCGAGAUGCAUCGCAUCGUUCCAAUUCGCAUCAUCUACUGCGGCGUACACAUUCAUCUGGUUCAUCCACAACCUAGGUCCUGUUGCAUUGACCAAAAAAGGUGGCAAGUCGGAAGAAGUUUUGCUGUGGAGGAAAAAAGUAAUUGGCCCGUCCCGAGUAAAUGCGCGAUGUGGGUAUAUGCUACAUAAAAAUACAGGAGAGCGGAAAUGGCCUGCAGCUGCAGCAGUUCCAUGCAACUAGCGAGUAAGUCAAGGGGUUCUUGUUUCUUCUCGUAACUUCGUAAGAGGGGAAUUCUCCUGUGUCUAGGGACUAUAAGCAGCGAAGUGGGAUGAAAUGCAUGUACGGACAACAAUUACUGGAGCUGAAAUAUUCACAUACAGUAUCUAAAGUUACAGAUCGAUAACAGUACCCGUCUCUGAGCUCCCCAAAAUCGGGGAACCCCCCUUCUUCCCUCUCGGAUUCUGGUUCAAUUGAUACCGGUACAAUGAUACGACAUCUCCCCAAAAGUCUAACACAACACAACACACGACACACAACACUUCACAUGGUCGACCAAAUAUAUAUCGUGUUUCCAAUAUCCACUCCGCAGUUGUACAAUAACAAAAUCAUUCGUCGUACCUUGCGGUGAGCUCAUGACGAUUGCAAAGAGAGACCGAAAACAGGUAGGACCCGAAAGAUCCACCAACCUUCAAUGUGGGGGUUAACCUCGAUCAUCAGUUUUCUAUUGAUCUUCCUAUUCUUCCGAUGAAUUGGCGAACCAUAAGAAAGGGAUUUCCCCUCGGCAUCCACUCCUCUACUCCACUUUCCACCAGUCUACUAAAAUAUCUACUCGGUAUCAAAAUGUAG